AUGUUUCCGAACAAAUUGAUUUCUAGCAGAGGUGAUAUCCCUUGGCCUCCCAGAAGCCCGGACCUUACACCAUGCGAUUUUUUCUUGUGGGGAUACCUGAAAAGUCGAGUGUACCUCAAUAAACCGACGACAAUAUCCCAAUUAAAACAAAACAUUCACGAGGAGAUAGCCGCGAUCCCCCGCAGCAUGUGUCAGCGAGUUUUCCAAAGUUUGCGUAGUCGAUUUCAGGAGUGCCAACAACGAAACGGCGCACAUUUGGACGACGUCAUUUUUAAAAAAUAA